UUUGACUUGUGUCGAUGCACUUCAUGUGAUUGCCACGAUGCUCCGAAUGGCGGUGUACCUGCGGCGACCUCCGCCCUUUCGCCAUGGCACGGCCAAGUUCUCCUCCUCACAAAAGACCCCAUCACAGCGUAUACUCAAUGACGUUCGAACUGAGUGGAGACAGAUGCACAAGUCCCUGCCUUUAGUGGAUGUAAACACCCUCCUUCGUGUGUGGGAACGUGUGUGCACCGACGACACCGACCUCCUUCCGCACGUGUGGCGUUCGAUUCAAGACCAUUACUCUGAAGGCGUCGCUCAGGAAAUGCUUGCAUCAACCUGCGCGGCGCUGUGGUCCAAGCGAAAGUUUGAUGAAAUCAUUGCCAUCACGCCAUUCGACAGUGCAUCCAAGUUGAGUGUGGACGUAGUGGACUACGCAGUGCGUGCUUAUUGUGCCACGAACAACAUAGACAAAGCUGAAGCGUUUCUCUCGGCGACGCCGCACGCGUCAAACUUAACGCUGCAGUCCCGACUCGUGCUUGCGUACGCGUCGGCGCACAACAUCGCAAGAGUCAAAUCAAUCCUUGUACAACGCAUCAUCCAGCAACCCACCCACAUGUGGACGGCCCAAUGCUGUCGAAACGUUAUGAGUUCGUUGUGCCAACUCCGCGACGUCUCCAGCAUGUUCGAGUUUCUACGUCGCAUGACGGAUCGAGGCAUCGCGCCCGACUCGUUCGUCAUCGCAUCUCUUCUCGAAGCAUGCGCCGCCACCGACAACGCGGCCGAGACCGCGCGAGUCCUGGCCAUCCUCCCCACACUCGAUCUCACACCCCAUCCGGUGUUGAGCCACGCCAUCCUCCAUGCUCACGUGCUCCUCGGAGACUUCCAAGCCCUUCUUCCUGUUAUCGCCGAUAUGAAGGACCUGCCACCGCAUCCUUUGACGCCGUACAUUCUUCGCCAAGUCUGCGCAUCCGCUGUUCAAGCUCAACACUACGACGUUGCUGCAGCGAGCUUAUCUUCCCCCGACCAAUUCCCAGAAGUCGUGCGACUCAUCUCCCCUUCUGACGUACCACAUCUCCUUGCCGCUGUAUCCAGAUGGAAAGACCUUACCCCCGCGCAAUGGACGGCGCUUCUCCAUGGCGCUACUGAAGCUGGCCAGUUUCGCUUGGUCCUCGAGCUCUUUCUCCUCUGCCCAGAGGCUCCAGACCCGUCGAUGCUUUCAGUCGUGGAAAAUGCAUGCUCGCAUGUCCUAUUCACCGCGCGUUCAGAGACAUCGACGUUGCAGGAGGCUAUUGCUUCCAAAUGCUGCGCGUUCCUGUCGGCAAAGAGCAGCCCCCUACUUAGCACCACAACCGCUCUUAUCACAAUAUGUCUUCGGCUGGACCGCCCACAAUUCGUCAUCCAGGCCAUGACAGAAAUGAGCCCGUCUGCUUCCAAGCCAUUCGUUCUCGUUGGACUCAAAGUUGCCCGCAAACUUCGCCACAAACGAACGCUUCGAACGUUGUACUUGGCAGCUCCGAAAUCAGUUCGCCAUGAUGCAGAAGUUCGUCGGAUGUUCGUUACGUUGCAAAAGGAAUUGCGCAUGCACGUCCUUCUCCCCACACAAGAUGACGUUCUCGCGCUCGUACAAGCCAAGCAGUACGCAAAGGCCAAAGCGUCGCUGUCAAGGCAACCCAUUGUCACGAACGAAGCCACGUGGCGCACGUUUCUCAGCCACUUGCUCCCUUCUCUAGGAAAGGAGCGAGCAAUUUCUCUUCAAUUUGCUGUGGACGACUGGUCGUUUGCCAUGGACGCGUGUCUCGUUCAGCAACGGUAUGUCCAAGCCAUCGACUUGUUUGUUGCGCGGGUGCACGCGACCCCAACCCGUCGCUCGGCGUUUGUACCAAGCCCCACCGCAUUGCUCCAACUCGAACAUGCUAUCUCCAGGGUUGCUCGGCAAUGCCGCGCCGAUAUCCGUGCGAAAUUGGUUCCACUCCUGACAGAGCAGUACCUUUCCUGCCCGGACGUGUUUUCAUUGCGAGUUCGCAUUGGUCUCAUGCGCGUCGGGCUGCUCUUGAGUGCCCCAGACUUGGUUCUGCUUGUCCUGCCAGAAAAACCCAAGCAAUGGGAUCGAACGAUUCUCCGCAUGGUCUUGCAGGCAGCAGCUCAGACCAACCAGCUCAUCGAAAUGUAUCACCGGGCGCCGCCGUCGCUUCAAGACGUCCCUGAAAUGCGCCAAGAACUCUUGCAUCAUGUCCUGCUUCAGCAUCCUGACGGCGUGGACUGGGAUCAAGUAACCUCCAUGUUUGGUGUCCAUCGUGACAUCAUGGUGGCCCCUUCUGCUGUGACGCUGCAAAAGCUGGCAGAUGCAGACGCGUUUGGCGAUGUGCUUCGUGCGCGAACAACCCUGUCUGCGGAUGUCGACGGUGCAUUGAAGGUCCAUCCAAGAUGGAACAACUUUCUCAAUACGUUAGCACCACAGAUGACAUGAGAGUACAUACAGUUGGACAUUUCUGUUG